AUGAAAGGGUUAAACGGAAAGGCCUUCAAAAACUUGAAAAAUUUACAGGAACUAUGGUUGGAAGACAACAGCUUCACUGAACUGCCUCCCGAAUUAUUUCAAGAUCUAAAAAGCCUGGAAAAACUGGAUUUGUCAAAUAAUGAACUUGGAAACCUACCGCCAGACAUAUUUAAGAACAUUACAGCUGUGAAAUUUCUGAAAAUGGACUACAACAAAAUUGAGAGGCUUCAUGAAGAUCAGUUCCAGGGCUUAGAGGAGUUGUUCGAUUUAUACCUCUCGGAGAACAGAAUCGAGGCUUUGCCUGACAAGAUUUUCAAAGGCGUCAAGAACCUCAAGGCUCUAAAUAUCUUCGGCAAUAAGAUACAAAAUGUCACCAGCACGACUUUCAGUCAUGCCCAGGAACUGCGAUUUUUAUUCUUGCAUUACAACCUGAUGGCUGAGCUCCCCAAAGGCUUUUUUGGGCUUUUGCCGCACAUUAUCAGAGUAACUCUGGACACCAACCUGAUGUGCUGCCACCUUGAUCUUUUCAGGCAGGAUGCCGAUUGCGAAUUUGCCUUCAAUGAUAACUUCGCAAGCUGUCACUCCAUGUUCCGCAACCUUGCUCCAAGGAGAAGUCUUUGGGUUGUCGGCCUUCUCUCGUUGUUUGGGUCUGUGUUUGUAGUUG